AUGUCGGAAGACAUCAAAGCUGUGGCCGACCAUGGCGGCGCCCGCGCCUCGGCCGAGUCCCACGCUGCUGCCGACGAUGCCAAAAUGUCCAACGCCUUCGUCCAGGGCGCCCGCGACGCCUCCAGCAGGGAACAGCAGAUGACGCUCAUGCAGGGCAUCCGUCUCUACCCCAAGGCCAUUGGCUGGAGUAUGCUCAUCUCGACCUGUAUCGUCAUGGAGGGCUACGACAUUUCCCUCGUGUCCAACUUCUUCGCCUUCGACCCCUUUAAGAAGAAGUACGGCGAGCUGCAGGCCGACGGCACCUACGAGAUCUCGGCCGCCUGGCAGGCCGGCCUCUCCAACGGUGUCGCUGUCGGUGAGAUCAUUGGCCUGUUCCUCAAUGGCUACAUUUCCGAGCGCUUCGGCUACCGCUGGACCGUCAUUGGUGCGCUGAUGCUGCUGACCGGCUUCAUCACCAUCUUCUUCACGGCCCAGAACAUCGAGACGCUGCUCGUCGCCGAGAUUCUCUGCGGUCUGCCGUGGGGUGUCUUCCAGACGCUGACCAUCACGUACGCCGCCGAGGUCUGUCCCAUUGCGCUUCGUGGCCACUUGACCACCUACGUCAACUUUUGCUGGGGUCUCGGUCAGCUCAUCGGCAUCGGUGUCAUCACCUCGAUGCUCGACCGCACCGAUGAAUGGUCCUACCGUAUCCCCUACGCGCUGCAGUGGAUCUGGCCUGUGCCCAUCAUGAUUGGCGUGUACUUUGCCCCCGAGUCGCCUUGGUGGUUGAUCCGCAAGGGCCGCGUCGACGACGCGAAGCACUCGCUUCUGCGUCUGACGAGCAAGAAUACCGAGACGGACUUCAACGCCGAUGACACGGUCGCCAUGAUGGUGCACACGGCUGCCCUCGAGGAGAAGAUUACCGCUGGCGCGUCGUACCUCGACUGCUUCAAGGGCAUCGAUCUGCGCCGCACGGAGAUUGUGUGUCUCGUGUGGGCCAUCCAGAACCUCAGCGGCAACUCCUUCUCCAACUACUCGACAUACUUCCUCCGCCAGGUCGGUCUCUCGUCGCGUGAUGCCUACAGCUUCGCCAUGGGCCAGUACGCCAUCAACAUGGUGGGUGUCUUUGGCGCCUGGAGCUUGAUGGCCUGGGGUGUCGGUCGUCGUCGUCUCUAUCUCUGCGGUCUCUGUGGACUCUUCACCAUGCUGUUCAUCAUGGGCUUCCUCGGCGAGGUGCCCGAGUCUCAGCGUGACAAGGGUGCUCUGGCGACGGGCAGCAUGAUGAUUCUCUGGGCGCUCGUGUACCAGCUGACGGUCGGCACCGUGUGCUACUCGCUCGUGUCGGAACUGCCUUCGCGUCGCCUGCAGAUCAAGACUGUCGUUCUCGGCCGUAACCUCUACAAUAUUGUCGGCAUCAUCAACAACGUCGUGACGCCGUACAUGCUGAACCCUACAGCGUGGAAUUGGCAGAACAAGGCGGGCUUCUUCUGGGCGGGUCUGUGCUUCCUCUGCCUUGUGUACACGUACUUCCGCGUGCCCGAGCCUCGCGGCCGUACGUUUGCCGAGCUCGACGUGCUGUUCGAGCACAAGGUGACAGCGCGGCAGUUUGAGAAGACCAAGGUCAACGUGUUCGAGGAGGAGGUGGCCGGCGAGGGUGUCAUCAACAACUACCAGUCGCAUGUGACGAGCCCCAAGGAGAAGGGCCAGGCGUGA